AUGGAUAGCUAUUUCUUCAAUCAGCAGCAGAGUCGACCGAGAGGGAAAGUGGUUCUGUGUCUCUCCAUGUUGGCAAGUUGUGCCUUGGCAUUUCAACCAGAACUAGUAGCACAACCCCUGCAUCCUGGCAGUUCAAGUAAAACAGCUCGUGCAAUGGCAGCUAUUGAUCCAACAGAGGUAGCCAACGCUGUUUCAUCAAUCCAUCAUCAUACAGCCGAUGCAUCAACAUGGGAUGCUUUCCUGUCAACUAUGUAUUCAGCAACGAACCUUCACCCAGCUCAUGGGCAUUCCAAUCCGCUCUUUGGUCCUCCAGAUCCCUACAUAUCCGCUGGAAAGUCAAUCGCACCCAACAUUAAAGCCUUCAUGACGGACACUACCACUGCUACUGUGCCUGAACAGCUCCCCGAGAUUGCCAAGGUAGCAGCCCAAAAAGGAGUCACCAUUGUGGAUGCAUCCAAGUUUCAAGCUGGUGGAGGUGAUGUGUUGCCCGGUUUCCACAAGAUGGGUGGAGUAUUUGGUCGACGUACCGGUGCUGGUGCUCACGGGAAUUUGCAGGUGUUCCAGAACCAAGUAGCCAAUGCCAGCAAGCUGCAAUCGAUGUUGAACCAUAUGAUAUUCCCAGCGUUUGCCUUUCUGUUUGUAGAUUUCCUGUUUUUACGGCCGGAUUCGAAUGUCUAUCAAGAAGAUAUUGAAGAAGAACCAGUGGAUGCCAUUGUGGAUUCGGUCCAGGCGGCAGGGGUUCGGUUGGGUGUCUUUGUGGCCAUGUCAUUCUUUGCAACCAUGUUUUUCUCUGGUUAG